GCUAACUUGGACCUCUGGACACAUGUCAAACUCCAAACUCAACCACAACGCCAGCUCAUACAUUCUGAACAGAUUCCCCGUUGCCUCAAGUUUCUACAGCUCCUAAUAUCACAGAAAAUAUGGCGCAGGACCCUCGCGCUCUACUGCAAAAGGCAGACAAAGCAGCAUCCGGUGCUGGUGGCGGAUUCAGUCUAUUUGGGGGGCGACAAGAGAAGUGGGAGAACGCAGCAGACCUAUACACACAAGCUGCGAAUGCGUUCCGCAUGCAGAAGCAGAACAAAGAAGCCGGUCAAGCAUUUGAGCGUGCCGCUGAGAUACAGACAAACAAAUUGAGCGAACCAGACGAUGCUGCUAAUACCCUCACGGAAGCAUUCAAAGUCUACAGGAAGACGGAUCCAUUAGACGCUGCACGAUGUCUUGACGUUGCUAUCAACCACUACACAGCGAAGGGCAAUUUCAGGAGAGCAGCUACACACAAGCAGAACUUGGCAGAGUGUUACGAAGUUGAGAUCGGAGACCAGAAGAAGGCUAUCGAGAGUUAUGAGUUGGCUGCCAGUUGGUUUGAGAGCGACAAUGCUGAAGCGCUGGCAAACAAGCUUUACCUCAAGGUUGGAGACCUUGCUGCCCUCGACGGGGAUUAUUACAAAGCGAUCGAGAAUUUCGAGAAAGUCUCCGCUUCCUCGGUCUCAAACAACCUCAUGAAGUGGUCAGUCAAAGACUAUUUCCUGAAAGCUGGCCUCUGCCAUCUGGCAGUUGGAGAUAUGGUGGCCACGAAUAGAGCACUAGAGAAAUACAGAGAUAUGGACCCAACAUUUCCAAGCACAAGAGAGCAUCAGCUACUCGUUGAUCUUACAGAGCAAGUAGAGGCAGGUGACCAGGAAGCGUUUGCGGAGAAGCUGUUCUUGUACGACCAGAUGAGCAAGCUUGAUAAGUGGAAGACGACUAUCUUGUUGAGGAUCAAGAAUGCUAUCGAGGAAGGCGGCGAAGACUUCUCGUGAAGCCAGCAUCGCGGUGGAUCUGUUUUGGCGUACCGGUUUCCUGGGAUUGUGGGAUGAGAUAAAUUGUUGCGCGCAGCAUUUUGGAGAAAGAAAUACAGAGCGAUUUUGAGUUUUUCAGUCUUGGACGUGACGUUUCCACAUGCUAUCAUUUAGGCCUUGCAUAUAGUUAGUCUAGUCGACAAGGUCGAAAGCUCCCAGUACUCCAUAAAAACAUCUCUUGAUAUUCAUUACCCUCGACAAGUAGUUGUGGC